AUGAAUUUAUGUCGUGACAUACCGGUAGCUGCUUUUGAAAAAAGAAGGAAAAUGGGAGGGGCUGAUAUUGCUACUGAAAAUGUGGAUGAAAACGAGGUGAGCGACGAAGAGGAACCUGAUUUUAGUAAUAGAAAUUAUGGAAAAAAACUUACUGGUCCAUGGGUGUUUGGAAUGUGUCAAAAAGACGAAAAUGGUGUUAUCGAGGCAAGAUACUUUGUUGUAGAAAAAAGAGACAGGCAGAUACUGCAUGAAAUAAUUCAAAAUGAAAUUGAAAUUGGUACAGAAAUACACUCAGAUGAAUGGCUUGCAUACAAGACAUUAGAAACUAAAGGGUACAUACAUAAAACCGUAAACCAUUACCAAUUUUUUGUCGAUCCUAUCAAUGGUGCACACACACAGCGCAUAGAAAGUUUAUGGGGAGGUUUAAAACUUCGAAUCGUAAAAAAAAUGCAUGGUACAUCACCAUCAUUGCUGCCCUCGUAUUUAGCGGAACAAAGGUGGCGUAUAAGAAACAGCAAUGAUGAUAUAUUUGAAUGUUUUUUAAGAGACGUAAAGUUAUAUUGUACCUAA